AUGGAUCAAUCACGGCAAGUAUUCACCGUCGAUCUCCUAGAACGGUACGCAUCGAAAGGCCGCGGCGUUAUCACCUGUAUGGCAGCAGGAAACGACGUCAUUUUAUUAGGCACCAGCAAAGGUUGGCUUAUUCGACACGAUUUCGGCGCGGGCGGUUCUUCCGAUUUUGAUCUUUCUAGUGGACGGCCUGGGGAUCAAUCGAUACAUAGAGUGUUUGUGGAUCCUGGUGGUAGCCACUGUAUUGCCACCGUUGUUGGUGGAGGUGGUGCGGAGACGUUUUAUAUGCAUGCUAAAUGGAGUAAGGCACGUGUGCUUGGGAGGUUGAAAGGCUUGAUCGUUAAUGCUGUUGCUUGGAAUCGGCAACUGAUUACUGAAGCUUCAACGAAGGAAAUUGUUAUUGGGACAGAUAAUGGGCAGCUAUUUGAGAUGACUGUAGAUGAGAAAGAUAAGAGGGAGAAGUAUAUAAAGUUUUUGUUUGAAUUAAAGGAAUUGCCUGAAGCUUUCAUGGGUUUGCAGAUGGAAACAGCCAGCUUAAGCAAUGGAACCAGAUAUUAUGUGAUGGCUGUCACUCCAACAAGACUUUAUUCUUUUACUGGAAUUGGAUUAUUGGAGCAAAGAAGAGCUAUACAUUUUGCAUGGCUUUCUGGAGCAGGUAUCUAUCAUGGUGGCCUAAAUUUUGGAGCACAGCAUAGUUUCCCAACUGGUGAUGAGAAUUUUGUGGAGAGUAAGGCUCUUUUGGACUAUUCAAAGUUAAGUGAUGGUGUUGAUGCAGUUAAACCGAGUUCAAUGGCAGUUUCUGAAUUUCAUUUCUUACUUCUUAUUGGAAACGAGGUUAAGGUUGUUAACAGAAUCAGUGAGCAAAUUAUAGAGGAGCUUCAGUUUGACCAAACAUCAGAAUCAGUUUCAAGGGGUGUUAUCGGAUUAUGCAGUGAUGCCACUGCUGGCUUGUUCUAUGCAUAUGACCAAAAUUCUAUUUUUCAGGUGUCUGUUAACGACGAAGGGCGAGAUAUGUGGAAGGUGUAUCUAGACAUGAAAGAAUAUGCUGCAGCUUUAGCAAAUUGCCGUGACCCACUCCAGAGAGACCAAGUAUAUUUAGUGCAGGCAGAUGCUGCAUUCAGCUCCAGGGAUUUUCUAAGAGCAGCAUCUUUCUAUGCUAAAAUUAAUUACAUUUUGUCAUUUGAGGAAGUCACACUGAAGUUUAUUACUGUAGGUGAACAGGAUGCUUUGCGAACUUUCUUGUUGCGGAAGCUUGAUAAUCUUACCAAGGAUGACAAGUGCCAAAUAACAAUGAUUUCUACAUGGGCAACUGAAUUGUACUUGGAUAAGAUUGAUUGCAUUGUCAAUUUGAUAGAUGUUACUGGUACAAGAGAGAAACGUGCUUUGAUAAAUCGGCUACUCUUGGAAGAGGAUAAUGCUUUGGAGAAUCGUAGUUCUGAGUACCAAUCAAUCAUUCAAGAGUUUCGUGCUUUCCUCAGUGACUGCAAGGAUGUCUUGGAUGAGGCAACUACUAUGAGACUUCUAGAGAGCUAUGGCAGGGUUGAAGAACUAGUAUAUUUUGCUAGUCUGAAGGAGCAGUAUGAAAUUGUAAUUCACCACUAUAUUCAGCAAGGAGAAGCGAAGAAAGCAUUGGAAGUGCUUCAGAAACCUGCUGUUCCUGUAGACCUUCAGUACAAGUUUGCCCCAGACCUCAUUGUGCUCGAUGCAUAUGAAACAGUUGAGUCGUGGAUGGCCACAAAGAACCUGAACCCAAGAAAACUGAUUCCUGCAAUGAUGCGUUAUUCGAGUGAACCUCAUGCAAAGAAUGAAACCCAUGAAGUCAUCAAAUAUUUGGAAUUCUGUGUUCAUCGUUUGCAUAAUGAGGAUCCUGGAGUUCACAAUUUGCUUCUUUCUCUCUACGCUAAACAGGAAGAUGAUGGCGCACUUUUGCGUUUCCUACAAUGCAAGUUUGGGAAAGGACGAGAAAAUGGUCCAGAUUUCUUCUAUGAUCCUAAGUAUGCCUUGCGACUUUGUCUCAAAGAAAAGCGAAUGCGUGCCUGUGUUCAUAUAUACAGCAUGAUGAACAUGCAUGAAGAAGCAGUUGCUCUUUCUCUGCAGGUUGAUCCUGAGCUUGCAAUGGCUGAAGCUGACAAGGUUGAAGAUGAUGAAGACUUGAGAAAGAAGCUUUGGCUUAUGGUUGCCAAACAUGUUAUUGGACAAGAAAAGGGAACAAAAAGGGAGAAUAUAAGGAAGGCAAUAGCAUUUCUCAAGGAAACUGAUGGCCUUCUAAAGAUUGAGGAUAUAUUACCGUUCUUUCCAGACUUUGCCCUAAUUGAUGACUUCAAGGAGGCAAUUUGCUCAUCAUUGGAGGAUUACAACAACCAAAUCGAACAACUAAAACAGGAGAUGAAUGAUGCUACACAUGGCGCUGACAACAUAAGAAAUGAUAUUAGUGCACUUGCUCAAAGAUAUGCUGUCAUUGAUCGUGACGAGGAAUGUGGGGUAUUGAUCUGUCCAGUCUUUAGUUCCUUUUAUAAGCUGCAUGCUAAAGCUACACUUAUUCUUUUUCCAUAUACUUCCAUAGGUUGGGAUAUCACUUACACUUCCCGUGCCUUAGGAGAACAAGAAUAUGGACUUUGGAGUGAAAUUAUACUUCCAUAUACUUCCAUGGGUUGGGAUAUCACUUACACUUCCCGUGCCUUAGGAGAACAAGAAUUUGGACUUUGGAGUGAAAUUAUACUUCCAUAUACUUCCAUGGGUUGGGAUAUCACUUACACUUCCCGUGCCUUAGGAAUUUGUAAGCGCAAAAUCUUGAUUGUGGGUGGGGACUACCGAGUGUCUCGGGGCUAUACAACGGUUGGACAAAUGGCUCCCUUCUAUGUAUUUCCAUGUGGGCAUGCCUUUCAUGCACACUGCCUGAUUGCCCAUGUGACAUUUUCUGUUAAUGAAACUCAAGCUGAAUAUAUACUGGAUCUGCAGAAGCAGCUCACGUUGCUUGGUGACGGAGCUAGGAAAGACAUGAAUGGUGGCAUUACUGAGGAUUCCAUUACUAGCAUGACUCCUGCAGAUAAGCUCCGUUCGCAGCUGGAUGAUGCAAUCGCAAGCGAAUGUCCAUUUUGUGGUGAAUUGAUGAUCCGUCAGAUCUCUUUGCCUUUUAUACUUCCUGAGGAAGCACAGCAGGUUAAUUCAUGGGAGAUAAAACCAGAAAAUAACCUUGCGAACCUGAGGAGCCUCUCUUUACCUGGAUUGGGGAUUUCCGAAAUUCAUGAAAGGACCAUGCUAACAACUGAUCACCUAGCUUCAUCGACUACUGGAUAG